CUCGCUCUGCCCCGGCGCCGCCUGCCUCCCUCCUCUGGCCGCGCGCUGCAGCCCGGGCUCUGCUGAGUCAAAGCGCGGAUCAGGUUCCCUGCCUCCUGUAUAAAUCUCGGCGAGAAAGCUCCGGCUGGAGAGAGACGGGGCACGGGAGGAGCGGGGUUUGUAGGCGGUGGCCGGCGAGGCGGGCUCGUCCGUGGGGAAGCGGAGGGACGCGCUUCGGCGGCGGUAGCAGCAGCAGCCGGGGCUCACCGAGGACGCCCGCAGCUUACCCCUCUCAGCUGCGGGAGAAGAGCUUUCUGCAGCCCGAAAAUGCAACAGCAACAACAGCAACGUCGAAUGUUCACAGCUGCCCUCCUGGCACUUGUUUUUAUUCUGGCAGCUGUGAGUACCACAGAGGCUGGCAAAAAAGAGAAACCAGAGAAAAAGUCGAAGAAGUCUGACUGUGGGGAAUGGCAGUGGAGUGUCUGUGUGCCCACCAAUGGUGACUGUGGCCUGGGGACACGUGAGGGCACUCGCACUGGAGCUGAGUGCAAACAAACCACCAAGACUCAGAAGUGUAAGAUCCCCUGCAACUGGAAGAAGCAAUUUGGAGCAGAGUGCAAAUACCAGUUCCAGGCAUGGGGAGAAUGUGACCUGAAUACUGCCUUGAAGACUAGAACUGGGAACUUAAAGAGAGCCCUUCAUAAUGCUGACUGCCAGAAGACUGUCACAAUCUCUAAGCCCUGUGGGAAGCUUACCAAGCCCAAACCUCAAGAAUCCAAGAAGAAGAAAAAGGAAGGCAAGAAACAAGAGAAGAUGCUGGAUUAAUGGAGCCAACGGGCAAUGUGAGAAAGGGACAUCAGCAAACAUGAUCAGUUAACAGUUUCAUUUAUACUUAGGCAUUUUAUCCUAAAAUUAUUUAUAGCUUAAUGGUAUCAUAGAAGGAAAUAAGCAAACGCAGAAAAAAAAAUCUUUUUUUUAUUACUUUAGUAUUUUUAAUGUAUAACCCUAACAACAACUUUUUAGAGGCCUGUAAUAAAGGACUCCAAUCUCAUUUAGAAAACUAUGUCUAUUGUGUAUCGAACAAUGUAGCGGUUUUAAAAAUAUUCUCAAGUCUUGCCAUAGGUCUCAGUCUGGUAGUUACUCCAUGCAAGCAGAACUUGAACCCAUGUGGAGCUCUGCUGAAGCCAGUGGUGCCCUGUGUGAUCAUAGGAGUCUGGCUGGAUGCAAUUAUAUUUAAGAUUGGGACCUCAUACCUGAAGAAACACAAACUUGUUUCUUAAGUACUUAUUGCGUCUUGAGAACUGUAUGAAAUUAUGUGUUUAAGGAAAGGAUGGGGGCAUUUUUUUUAGCAUUUACAGGCAUAGAAUUUUUUUUGGAUGUGUGGUGACUGUUCAUUCCAAAAUGCCACUAUCUCCAGGUAAAAACCAGUAGCACUCCUAUCCUUGGUCACAUUUUGGAUGUUAGCAGCAAAAUUUUGAAAUAAUUCAACAGUUGGACAUGGAAGAGUCCUAAUUUUUCACUACUUUCUAGCAAUGAUUUUUCCAAGUAGAAUGUUAGCGAAACUUCCAUUUUUCAGCAUAUCAUUGCUGGCAGAUAGUAGUGUCCUCUGGUUUACCUAUAAAAGCUGAAAAAUGCUUUCUUUUAUUUGAUUAUUUUUCCAGAAAGGAGAAUACCAUUUUGACAAAAAUCUAGUUGAAAUUGUUGUGAUCCUUCCUGACCCAAUUCCCUUCUUGUAUCAGUGGGAAUCUUCCUAUUGAUUUUAAAUAUAGCUGGUUGAAAAAUACUAUGUCUGAUGGGAAGUAACAGAAGAAAUCUAUUUGGAAACUGCCUGAGAAGUUGUUGUUCCUAUUUUUAACAAAAAAAAAAAAUAAAAAGGACAACUUGUGGGACUUAAAACCAAUAGGAAUGGAAUUAAUUUUUGUUUCUCUUAGUAAAGUAGAAGGGAAAUAUAAAAGCAGUACCUUUUCUUUACUCCAUUUUUAUAUAAGAAAAGAAAGACCUUGGAAAAUUUCACUAAAUGUAAAACAAGUUCUAUGAUUUUAGGGUUUUUUUAAUUAUCUGCAGGGGGAAAAAAAAUAGCUGGUUUUCAGUUUGUUCAAUUUUGCCUAUUUUAAAUGAUAGUAACAAAAAGUCACAAAGUAGAAAACUGAUCUAAUUAAGGGCUGGUCUGUUCCCAGCUAAACAGUUGUUUAAUAAACUAAACAAUCAGUGGACCAGACUUUUUAGAGGAAAUAUGUUUUCAGUGCCCAAAUUAAUUUCAAAAUCAUUGCUUGACUGAUGGUCAAGAUGAAUAGACUCCUUGAAAUCCUGCAGGUACCCACUGACUUCAGUGAAGCUGCAGCAGCAUGUGUUCAUCUGAGUAAAUCACAUUGCUCUCUUGGGAUUAGCUUGUAGAAAGUCUUUUUUCCAGACUAACAUCAAUCCCCUUUUCUAUGCAAAAAAAUGCAUAACAAUUGCAGAGUUUGCCCUCUUUUUUCUUACAUGUAGGGUAUGGCUGACCUGAACUCACAGUGUGGCAAGUCCAUCCAUAGACGUUCCUAAACCCUUCUGAAGCCAGCUAGCCAAGCCUGCACAUAGCUCAAGGUAGACUAGCCACCUGAUUAUUUCCCAGACUUCUUGGGUGUGUUUUGCAGUCUCUGUUGAUGUCCUUGUUAUUUUGACUAUGCUGUUAGACAUACCUGAGCCAGUGGUAUAGCUAAAUAUAUCCCCAACAUGUGGUGGAUGUGCAAUGACCAAAUCCAAAAUCAUAAAGGCUCAUAUUUCGGUGGUUCUGGGUGCUAUUUGCUUUGCUCAUGGUCUAAUCAGGUCUACCUGUGCUUGUGCCUCAAACUAAUGAAUUGGUAGGUCUGAUUGAAAGCAAAGGGAGAAAGAAGCUUUUUCACUCACCAAAGGUUCGUCUGUCUAAAUGCUGCAUCAGUUCACUUAAAGUGCUUCAGCUUUGAGUGCAAACACUGUUGCACCAUUGUCUUACACUGGUUAAUCUAGUCCAUGUUUCACAGGGAGCUGGCAGGAGUUGGGAAUGAUGCUGAGACCAACAGUUUGACUACCGUUUAUCAAACCUUAGAUAUAACUUCUGAUUUCCACCUCUGUGAGUAAGAAAAAAAUAAUUUCCUCUGAGUUUCCUCCAACACCUUAUGGCCCUUAUGAUUAACUGCCCACCUGUCUUGUUAAAGGAACAUUCCUACUAGUUUUUGAAGGAGGCCACUCAUGUUUCUGUGGUGGUAUGGGGCCUCCAUAGAGAGAGUUUACAGAAAACAAAGAAACAAAUAAAAAAUUACUAUGUUAGGACCAGAAGAAAGUGCAGCAGUCCUGUUAGCAAAGAAUGUGAAAUACGAGGAUUCCUCUGUACUACUCAGCCAGAUAUGUUUGGAUGUGUAUUAGCAUCUUAUUGUUGACAGUUAUUGGAGUUUUAUCCGUCAUAAACAGUGAAGAAGAUUUCUAAAAAAACUAGCAGAAAACAUUUUGUGGAAACUAUGGUGAUGGAGAUGACAAAAGUAACACAUGGCAGAACAGAGGAAGAUUGAAUAAAAUACACUAGACAGGUCAGCUCUGAAAGGAGGUGCCUGGUGCCUAACGGGAGCAGUUGCUUCACUAGUGGCAUCGUCAAGAAAGCAGGAGGCAAGAAUAUGAACAAAACCUCUUCCCAUCCUAUCUUGCUCAGUUUCCACUUGAGUCAUUCUAAAGUUUCUCCUUAUUUGCUUUCUAAUCUUCUACCCUCCCUCCCCUGGGAGGGCAAGCUUGUCUGACAGUGCUGUGGGGGUGGCUACUUCAGAUGCAAUAUGUUUUACCCUCUUGGUGCUAUCCUGUUAAAAUGGAAAAUGACUUAGCAUAGACAUAUUGCUUAGCUAGUUUAACCAACUGAAGCUUGUUUCAUGAAUGUCCCUCUCGAGAAGUGGUUUCCAUCUUCAUUUGCUACAGGUAUAGUAUGGUAUGGGGAGAUGAUGGAAAUCCCCCAAAUUAAAGUUUUUUUCUGAGCACUCAAAUCUCUUAGAGAAAAAGAGAGAUGAGUUAUUGAACAUCAGCUAAGGAUGAAUCUUAAUCCAGACUCUGGAUUCUAGCAAGCUUAAAUUAGGGGAAUUUAGGUAUAGCUCAGUUCCCUUCCUCUGAGUAGACUGAACCAAGCUUCUAAGCAAUUAGGUCUGUCUGUAUCUUGAUUUAAAACAAUAUUUGGUGAUUGGAGUAUUUUCUGACUUUGACAUAUCUGCUGACAGAAGUGCCCAUAUUGAAAGGGAACCAUUGCUUGUCAGCCUGGCAUAUUUAACAGACUACUGAAUGCAGCAGAACAGAACUAUGGGACAAGGUUCCAGGAAGUGAGAACAUUUGUUGUACAUUUAGGUAGACACUAAGUUAUAAGAACUUAGUUAUAAGAACUAAGUUAUAAGAACUUAGAACUGAUUCUCAUCUUCUAAUUCCAUAAUGAUGUUUUGGACUGAAGAAAUGAAAGAAUAAUAAUGAUAAUACAUAUCAACAGACAGUGUUGGAGAUUGUGAAUAAGAGAAUGGUAUGAAGUCAGGAGCAUUUUACAGGCUUUUUUGCAUGCUCCUUGACUAGGGAAGGCAGGAUUAGUGGCUGGCACAUUGGUUAUUACGCUUUGCUUGAUUUGUGCCUUAAUGAAAACUAAUCAAAUGUAGAAUGUUACAGAGAAGUCAAGACCCACUCCAGCCUCAAAAGAACAUGUCCAGUCAGAGGUAAGGUCAAACAGAGACAAUAGUGUGUCUUUUCCGGUUUAGCAGUACAAGCUAUGAUGAUAGGAGAAAACAUAACUCAUUUCUUUGGUGUAUAUCCUUCACCACUUGAUAUGUGGCAAUGAACAAUUCAAGUAAAACAACAGUGCAUUAGGACAAACUAAGGCAAAGUGAAUACUUAUGGAGACUGUUUAUGGAAACAGGCUAUCAACCCCCAUAAACUAGCCAUGCUGCCAGCAGGGAGUGUCUGAAGAUAAACAUUGUGUAGCUUUCCCAUUUGUUUAAUGAAAUCCCUUAAUGUAAUAAUAAACUUUAUCUGACUUUCCUUAGUCUAAUGUCAAUGAUGAGGGUGGGGCAAAAAACAGCCUGACUUUGCCUCAGCGUAGGAAGUGCAACAGAUUAACAAUGUAAACCUGACACUUCUCUAAAGCAAAAUACUGGUGAGGUGUACACCAUUUUGACAGAAUACUGUAGUCUUUCACAUCUCCUAAAUUCUUACAGGAAGGGGAAGCAGUAUGUCAACGGUGAUAGGUAUCUCAUAUUCAGUCUUUUAAAACUCUCUAGGACAGCAUCUUCUGUGAACUUCUGAUUGCGUUUUUUCCUCUGUGGGAGCAGAUUAUACCUGUUGUCUGUCUUCCUCCACUCAUCCAUACUUCCAUAGUAUUUGUAGGUUUUCUGUCAAUUCUGCUAAGGCACUCUACCUUUCAGCCAAACUUCUGUGAAUAUCAUUGAUCCUUGAAGCUGUAUUCUUCAUUUCUCACUGAAUUGUUGCAAAACAGCCCAGCAAGCCCCUACUGUCAGGUACCUCUCAUUGUGUUCUUUUAAGAUUAAAAGACACAGUAGCAACAUGUUAAUCAGAAGAUGACAAUGAGCAUGGAAGUAUGAGAAUGAGCAAAGAAUCCCUGGAUUCUUUGGGAGGGUGAUUUGCUUGUAAAAUCUUUGUCAUAGCUCAGCCUGGGCAAGGCCUCCUGGUGGAAAGAAAUGCAUCACAUGUGAUCAAAAAGUAGACAUAGUGGUGAAAGAGCGUCUGACCUCACACAGAAAAAAACUUUAGGUAGAUAAACAGUGGCAAGAAGCUGCAUUGUUUCCCACUGUUCCCUCUUUUACCAUCAAAUUAAAUGGAGAAGACAUGUCACAUGGAGCUUUGGGAAUAGUGGAAGACUUGCCUGAGCAAACAGAGCAUGGAGAGAGCCUCUUCCACCCCACUUGUGUUUGCGUUUGUAGAAGGUCUAGGUUGCCUUGCUCAGCAGAGAACUGUGUGUACUUUUGGACCAAAACUAAAUGAUGCUGAAGUCUAACAAUUUUCUUAAUGUUCCCCUUCAGAAAUUGCGGUCUGCCUCCCGCCUCAUCAUUCUGACCUGAUCAAAAAUGAGAUAUUUCAAGGGAAAUGUGGGAAUUCAACUAUAUUCAACUGUCAUUAUCUCUUUGGUGGGGCUUUGCAAUCCUUUUCCCCAUUCUGCAGUUUGCCACUUAAAUGUGGAGUCUCUUGGGGUCCCAGAUGGCUAAAAACUCAGUAGAUACUUCCUAGCCCUAGCUUUUAAAUUGCUUGGCUUUUGAGUGAUUUGCCUAUGAAAAAACGGUACCUACAAUUCUUAUACCUUGCUUUAAAAAAAACACACAACAACAAACAAAAUCCCAAAAAAAACCUGGUAGCAUGUACCCAAUGAAUGAAUUUACUGGUGAGAUAAAACAGAGGCUCCCAAAUAUUCCCAUUUCAGAAGGUCUUUAAAGCUAAAGACUGUAUAAAAGCUUUAGCCAUGAAUUCUGUGAUGUAAAGCUUGAAAAACAAAUAGAAUGUACAGUAGAAUGUACAUGGCUGUCUUACCCGUAGCUGAUUUCUUUCAGUUAAUUACAGUGUUUGAGUUGCUUCACCCUGAUCUACCUGGCAAGAAGACAUUAUUUAACUUUUCUCAUUAGGUGAUUCAUUGUACUUCCCAUAUUGUAAUUAUGUAGUUCAUCUAGAUUUUUGUACCUGAAGGAAAUAACUCUGAUAAUCUAGAGUGUGCUGUGGUUUCUGGGAAGACCUGAAGCAGAUUCAGGUUAAUAGUGCUGCAGCUUUGAGCUAGAAACCACCUAAUGAGGAUAUCAUCAUCAGGCACAGCAGGUCUUCGAAUAUAUAUAUAUAUUUAUAUGUGAGGAAGCAAAACUAUUAUUCAUCACAUAUAAAUACAUAUAUAUUUAUAUGUGAGGAAGCAAAACUAUUAAAAAAGUGCAUCCAUAACUCAAAAUGUAUCUCACAAAUAGUGCUACCAUGUUUUCAAGCUAAAGUAGAAGUGAAAGAGCUUUUUGUCCUGUGUUGGUAUUUACACAAGGAUACAAAAGUAGUAUGUAGGAUGAAGAGACAGGUUUCUUCCCACUCACUAGCAUAUCAAUUUAAGGAUAGCUGUGUCUGAGGAAAAUGCAAAACACAUGCCAAUGAAACGGCCAAUAGGGCAGUAUCACAGUGAUGUUCUCUUCUGUCACACCAAGUGCGUGGAAGGGCUUUGUUCAAAGCUUCAAAGUGGACAGACUGCUUCAGUUAGGUGUGAACAUAGAAACCCAGGCAGAAGAAGGCUUUUUCUCUGCCAACAAAAAGUGAGGAAAAUGGGAAAAAAAAAAGAUGGAAAGAAGAAAAUAAAACUGAAAUCAUCUUAAUACCUGUAGUUUGGAUGUUAAACACAAAGAAGGAAUGAAAGUCAAAAUAACAAAUUAAAGCCUGAAUAUUGUGUUCAAUGGAUUUCUAAUUCUGUAUAUAUCUAUUAAACCAGUGCUAUCUGAUGUCUUCUCAUGGGUUACUCUCUUUUUCCUGUUCCUUUUUUUUUCAGUUUGUAUAUUGAUUUUUUAAGCUAGCAGUGUGUUACCUUUUCAUUUUUUUUAAACUUGUAUGAAAGCCAUAUAUCCAUAUUGUAGAAUGAAAACAUUAAUCCUGUAACAUCCCUUAAUGUUUCCCUUAGCUCUGUGGGAUUGUGGGAGGCUCUAGCGACUGUAUAUGUUUACCAAUUGUAUCAACAUAAUUUACUUGCUCUUAGUGGCGAUAAAGAAUUAAAUAAACUAAUACACAGAA